CCUAAUCAACAAUUAGACCUUGUGCAAAUACUUCAAGAAGCUCAGCAUCGUUGGCUUCGACCAACUGAAAUAUGUGAAAUACUUCGCAACUACCAAAAGUUCCGAUUAACACCAGAUCCACCUGUUAGGCCUCCAGGUUGUAACUAUCAUUAUCUUCUUAAAUUUUGCUUACAUUCUUUCAACUUAUACUCUUCUAGAUGAAUAACUAUACUUUAUUAUGCAUGUUGUGCUUUAUAUAAAUUUCUUGAUUUUUACUUUUCUGUCUUUGGUUGUGGAAGUGCUUAUGUUUGCAAUUUUAUUUAAUUAUUCGCCAACUUAUUUGUUACCUUCUUUAAACUUAUUUAUUAUUUAUUAUCUUUACUUUUGCCUAUAUUGUUUGUUAGUUGAAGCUGUUACAAAUUCUGGGGUUCCAGACAAAUUUUUGUUUUGUGUGAUGGACUUUAAUGCAAUUGGAGUAAUCCUGUGUAAAAAGUAGUAGGAAAAGAUCUUUGUAGUUUACCAAUUAGUUUUGUUGAGUAUUUUAGUUUAAAGUAUAUAACUUAUAAUAGUUUGUUUCAGGAUUGUGAUUUGUUAUCGCGCAACAUGGUUCUGUGAUAUAUUUUAUAAUUUUGAAUGUUUGACUGAUUUCAUUUAAAAUAUUAUGGGUUUGCACAUAUUAUAUGGAUAUAGCUGGAAAAAAAAAAUAAAAAAUACUAACAAUCUUUCAUGUUAUGUACAUAAUCUGAUAAUCGUAUGUUUGCUGGCUAACACAUUUUUCAUUAUGCAUUCAAUCAUAUGUUUGCUGGCUUGUGAAAUUGCGGGUGUCUGAUUAGAGAUCGUCAUUCAUUACUAUCCCUUUGGCUUGUGAAAUUUUUAGCUGGUUCUUUGUUCCUGUUUGAUCGUAAGGCACUUCGAUAUUUUCGUAAAGAUGGUCACCGAUGGAGGAAGAAGAAAGAUGGAAAAACAGUGAAAGAAGCUCAUGAAAAGUUGAAGGUGUGCUGUUCAAUCUAUUAUUAGCUGGCAGUGUAGACGUACUUCACUGUUACUAUGCCCAUGGAGAGGAAAAUGAGAGCUUCCAGCGGCGGAGUUACUGGAUGCUUGAUGGGCAAUUAGAGCACAUUGUUCUUGUACAUUACAGAGAAGUAAAAGAGGGGUACAAGUCUAGCAUUUCUCGUUUGCUGGCAGAUCCAGGAUCACAGGUUGGAAGCCCUCAAAGUAGUUCAGUGCCUUGCUCUGCACAAGCAAACUCUCCUGCCCCUACUGUUCAAACAUCUAAUAUAUUGAGUCCAAACCGAGUUGACUGGAUUGGACCAACACCAUGUUUGGAAUUUGAGGAUGUGGAUUCAGGUGGUGGUCCACAAGCUUCUUCUGUUGCUCACCCGACAUUUGGUUCUGUAUCUCAAAAUGCUUCUCUUCUUCUGCAUGGUGUUCCAGGAUUCUCUGAGUUAUCCAGGAACCCCCCUGGUUCAUGGUCUGCUGGAUCCAAAUCUUACAGUCCUGCUGGAUCUUCCCUCUUGGCUGGAGUGCACAGCUUAACCAGAAAUGAAGAUGGUGUAACUGAUCAGAAAGUUUAUGCUGAACAUCCUUUUGGGGCUGACUAUAGAGCACAUAAGCUAACAGAUGCUAGAUUGGAUGUUGGUGGCAAAAAUCAAGAUGUUGAAGAUAGAUUGAUCACUGGAAUAGAUAUCCAAGCGGUAACAACUGCUUCCCAGGGGGAAAUCCAGGUGCCACAGGAGCAUGCUUUAAAUUCAAUUUAUCCCCAGUUUCAAGGUUAUUCUGAUUCUCAGAUGGCAGUCAUUUCUACCGAGCAAGUAGAAAAGGAAUCUAAAGAUGUUGAAACUGCAAAUGAGGAAGCAGGAGAGCUGAAGAAACUUGACAGCUUUGGAAGGUGGAUGGAUAGAGAAAUCGGUGUUGACUGUGAUGAUUCUUUGAUGGCUUCUGACUCUGGCAAUUAUUGGAACGCACUUGAUACUGAGAAUGAUGACAAGGAAGUAUCCAGCUUAUCACGCCAUAUGCAAUUAGAAAUUGAUUCACUUGGACCAUCUCUUUCCCAGGAACAACUAUUUAGUAUUUUUGAUUUUUCACCAGAUUGGACUUAUUCAGGGAUUGAAACGAAGGUUCUGAUUGUUGGUAGAUUUCUGGGAAGCAGGAGGUAUUCUGCUGAGACUAAGUGGGGAUGCAUGUUUGGAGAAAUUGAGGUUUCUGCUGAAGUUUUAUGUGACAAUGUCAUUCGAUGUCAAACUCCCAUACAUGCACCUGGACGUGUUCCAUUCUAUGUGACCUGCAGCAAUAGAUUGGCCUGCAGUGAGGUGAGGGAAUUUGAAUAUCGAGAAAAGCCUUUGGGAAUUGGUAUAAACAUCACACCAGAAGAGAAAUCGCGCCUUCAGAUACGUCUGGGAAAAUUGUUAGAUUUAGGCCCAGAAGGGAAGAGGCUGGAUUGCUCUGUCGUGGAUUGUGAUAAAUGUAAGCUUAGGAGUACCAUAUACUCAAUGACAACCAAUAGUAGUGGUGAUUGGGGAUUGAGCCCCAAUCAUGCAACCCCUAGAGAUGUCUUGAUUCAAAAUUUGCUGAAGGAUAGGCUUUGUGAGUGGCUAGUCUUUAAAGUUCAUGAUGGGGGUAAAGGACCUCAUGUUUUGGAUGAUGAAGGUCAAGGGGUUAUACAUUUGGCAGCUUCUCUUGGCUAUGAAUGGGCCAUGGGCCCCAUAGUUGCUGCUGGCAUCAGUCCUAAUUUUAGAGAUGCACAUGGAAGAACCGGGCUUCACUGGGCGUCAUAUUUUGGGAGAGAGGAAACAGUAAUUGCACUAGUCAGAUUUGGUGCUGCCCCAGGUGCCGUUGAUGACCCAACUCCAGCAUUUCCUGGGGGACAAACAGCUGCUGAUCUAGCAUCUAGUAGUGGACAUAAAGGAAUUGCUGGAUAUUUGGCGGAAGCGGAUCUGAUAAGUCACCUUUCCUUGCUGAACAUCGGUGAAAAUACAAUGGACAGUGCUGCUGCGACAAUUGCAGCUGAAAAUGCCAUCAACACUGGGUCAAGAAUUUUCACAUCGGAUUUAUCAAUUGAGCAUCAGUUUCUGAAAGGGUCGUUAGCUGCUGUUCGGAAAUCAGCUCAUGCAGCUGCUCUAAUUCAAGCUGCCUUCCGGAAUCGUUCUUUCCGUCAUCGACAAUUAAAGAGCAGUGAGGAUAUCUCUGAUGUUUCACUUGACCUGGUUGCAUUGGGUUCUUUGAACAAAGUCCAAAAGUUGAGUCAUUUUGAGGAUUAUCUGCACUCUGCAGCUCUACGAAUUCAAAGAAAAUACCGUGGCUGGAAAGGAAGAAGGGAAUUUUUGAAGAUACGGAAUCGUAUUGUUAAAAUUCAGGCUCAUGUGAGAGGGCAUCAAGUUCGUAAGCAGUAUAAAAAGCUUGUUUGGUCUGUCAGUAUAUUGGAAAAGGUAAUUCUUCGUUGGAGGCGAAAGGGAGUUGGUUUGCGAGGAUUUCGAGUUGAAACAGCCAUUGAAGGUGUGUCGCCUGGAAUCAGGAAAAUUGAUGAAUAUGAAUUUUUACGGAUUGGGAGAAAGCAGAAAGUUGCUGGGGUUGAGAAAGCUCUUGCAAGAGUCAAGUCCAUGGUUCGUCACCCUGAGGCACGCGAACAAUAUAUGAGGCUCGUUUCUAAAUUUGAGAGUUUUAAGUUGGGCCAUGAGGGGAGCAGUGGAACACAGCAAGUCGAUAAUUCGAAAAAGAGUGCGACCGAGCAAGUUUUGCCAGCCUUUACUGAAGAUCAUUGAUAAUUAUAUAUUCCAAGUAGUAGGAUUGAGUUGAGCACUUGAGCUCCAGUGCAGUUACCUGUGACUCUGUAAGUAACGGCCUCAUAUCAUAUGCUUUUACUUGGGUUUUUUCAACUAUGAAUAGUAGUUCGGAGAAAGGGAAAGGGGGGAAUUGUAUAUAGUAGUUUUAUUUUUGUAUUCUUUCUUUUUAAUUGCAAGCUCUUGUCAAAUUUUAAUCUGGCAUAAGAGAUAAGAAUUGAGAAGAUCUUAUUUCAAAUCCCAUAAAGUUUACAUGAUUUCAAUAACAAGUAAUCUAUGUUUCAAAUACUAGAUUACACGGUUCAUCAA